AUAAAAGAUGCUAGAAUAAUCUGGACAUACGAAAGCCCAUUCAGAAGGAUUUUAGACUGUUUUUGAGUCUGAUUUAGAAAGUUUACAAAAGUUUAACUUAAAUCUAAAAAUAUAGAAGACCUAAAUCAAGUUCUUAAGAAAACUAUAAGAAAUUAUUUGAGAUAGUUAAAGAUUGCUCUCAUUCGAAAUUACAACAAGCACACUCAGAUGAAAUUCCAGAAUUUGAUUCUUUAGAGGAUUCAUGCUAGAUUAGACCCUCUAUGUGUACAAAUAAAUCAAGCAAAUAAAGCUAAGAACGUGAAGAGAAAUUAUUCGAAAAAGAAUUAUUAUCGCCUUAAAAUGAGGAUGAUUAUAAAUUAAUAGCAAUGAGUGAUAGAGAACAGUGCAAAUUGCCUUCUAUUAUAAUGAAAAAUGGGGGAUGUUACACUGGAUACUGGUACAAAAAAAAACCUUAAGGUUAAGGAGAAUAUAAAUUUGCAGAUUCAAGUAGAUAUAAUGGUGAAGUAAUACAAUUAAUAAUCAAAAUAGUGGUCAAAUGGAUAUGCAAGUGGAAAAGGCAAAUUUUUUGAUACAGAAGGUGGAUAUUAUUGUGGAGAUUUCCAUUUGAAUUAUAUGCAUGGGAAAGGAGUGUAUAAUUAUUCAGAUGGGUCUAUAUAUGAUGGUAAAUGAAUUUUUUAAUAUUUUUUCAGGAUAAUGGUUGAAUGAUAAAUAUAAUGGAUAUGGUAUUGAAGUAAAAAGUGAUUCUCAUUAUAAAGGUAUUUUUACAAUAAUCAUUAGGUUAAUUUCGUAAUGGCUUAAAACAUGGUCAUGGAAUCUUAGUUUUUAGUAAUAAAGAAAAAUAUGAAGGUUCGUUCAUAAAUGGUUAAUUUGAAGGAAAAGGAACAUUUGUAGUUUUUGAUAUAAUAUUAAAAGAUGUGGCCAGAUGGAAGAAGAUACCAAGGAGAUUGGAAAAAUGGAAUGAUGCAUGGUCAAGGAAUAUUAUCAUGGUCUGAUGGUACUAUUCUAUUAUUAAAAGAUUUAUAGGUCGAGUUUAUGUUGGUUAAUAUGUAAAUGAUAAGAGAUAAGGUUUCGGAACAUUUCAAUUUGCUGAUGGUCGAAAAUAUUCUGGUUAAUGGAUGAAUGGAUUGUAACAUGGAACUGGAGAGUUUACAGAAUAACAUGGUUAAAUUACAAAGGGAGUAUGGAGAGAAGGUAAAUUAUUUUCUCUAAUUUGA